AUGGUGGUGGAGUUUCAGAUCGUGAAUCAGCAGUGCGAAACGUGCCAAAAGUCCUUCACUCCGCAUGCCUACAAUGCCAUCGUGCAGGUGAGGCAGAAGGUACCCCACAGGAGGACCUUCUGCUACUUGGAGCAGCUCAUUUUGAAGAGUGAUGCUCAUGCAAAGGUCACCUCCUUGAAGGAGACCCGAGAGGGUCUGGACUUCUUCUUUGAAACGAAAAGCCAUGCACAGCGCUUUGCCGAUUUCGUCGAAGCGCAUGUGCCAACCAAGAGCAAGCAGUCCAGACACCUUAUCUCCCAUGAUGCUAAUAGCAAUACCUACAACUUCAAGUACACCAUCAUGUGCGAGCUGUGCCCCAUUUGCGUUGACGAUGUGGUGCAUGUGCCGAAAGGGCACUCGACAGCGCUCAAUGGAGCGCCACCUUUGAUGCUUUGCCACAAGGUCACCAACGCGAUUCGAUUUGUCGAUCCUGUGUCCCUUCGAAGUUAUGACAUUCCAAAUCCGGAGUAUUGGAAGAGACCGCUCCAUUCUGUCUGCGGGAAGGACCAUCUCACCGAGUUUGUCGUGUUGAAUGUGGAGCCUCUGGAGAAGCCAGAGGCCGGCAGCGCUGCCAGACACAACCUCCCAGCACGAGGAAAGAUGACCUUGGCUGAUGUGGAGGUCGCCCGUGCCUGCGACCUGGGUGUCAACGACGACCGUGUGAUUGUCCGGAGCCAUCUGGGUCAAUUUCUCAGGCCAGGUGGCCGCGUCAUGGGCUAUGACCUGCGCACGGUGAAUGUCAGCGGGCUCUCAGACGAGGCCUUGAAGGGCCCUGGCACUGACGUGGUCUUAGUGAAGAAGGUCUACAAGCGAAACAAGAAGAGAGCGUGGGAUCUAAGGAGGUUGAACAAAGAAACCGUUGAAGGUGAAGAUCCCAUCGACGAUGAUGCUGACAUGGAGGCCUUGAAGCGUGACUUGGAAGAAGAUCCAGAGCUCCGGAAAGGCGUCAACAUGUACAGGACGCCUGGACCGGAGGCGAAGAAGGACGAGACGAAGAAGGAGGAUGACCCUGAUGGUGAGGAUGAGGAACGCAGUUGUGCUUGGUGCCUCUUGCAGAGCUGCUCGAAGGGCUGGAGCUGCGGGAUGAUUGAGCGUUCGGUGACGUCUGAGACGUCCGGACGGCGCUUCAUCACGGCGAACAAGAUGAAAAUAGCCUUGCUGAAAUAUCCCAAGCGGGCCGCGAUGCAGGCGCAGCUCAAGAAGAUCCCCCCGAGGCUUCUGGAUCAAAAAGCCUCCAAGCAGAGCGCGGAGAGCGCGGAGAGUGCUGGGUUUUCCGUUGAGGAAAAGGCCCAUGAGCUCCUGGCUCAGCUGGACUUCCAUUUCCAUUGCGACAAGGACCCAGAUUGCUCAGUGAGUUCGACCGAAUGCACCGAGUUGCUGCAAGCCUUGAAAGACAUGCGGAAGAAGCUGACCACACUGCAGAAAGAUGCUGCUGUUUUGGAGGAGAAAUGCGUCCAACGGGCCAACCAGCCUCGAAAGGCUUCCAAAGCGCCUGCCUCGUAUGUAGAGAUGAAGGUUCAGCUGCUGCUGAGCUACUUGAUCUCUUUGACUUACUAUCUUUUGCUCAAGGUCAAAGGUGUUUCGCUGCGAGACCACCCCGUGGUGCUGCGCUUGCUGUGGAUCCGAACGCUCAUUGAGAAGCUGAAGCCCGUGGAUCAACGCCUGCAGUAUCAGAUGAACAAACUCUUGCAGUGGAAAGAUGCCAAAGCCGCGGAGCAGCUUGCAGGAUCGACGGAUGCUCAUGCAUUGCGGCCUGGUCAGCUGGUGGCAUCAGUGCAGGAUGAAGAUGCCGAGGACGCCCAGGAGGCGGAGGAACUUGCCUCGGCCCCUAAGGACGAGGAGGGCCACUUGGGAGCGUACAAGCCGCCCAAGAUCUCCCAGGUGGAGUACACUGGAGAUCACAUCUCUAUGCAGGAACGCGCAGAGAAAGAACUGGACAGAAAGAAGGCCCGACUGGAACGAAGUGAGUUUAUGCGCAGUUUGCGUGAGGAGUUUACUGAUGCUCCGCGAGAGAUCAUGGCGGAGGAGCGGUCCGCACGUGUGGAGAAAGCCACUCGCAUGCUUCGGGAACAGCAAGAGUUCGAAGAGGACACCAUGCAGCGUGUCAAAGUCAAGAAGGCCGAGCUGCGGCGACAGAAGCAAGCUUUGAGGGAAGGGCAUGCAACAUCUGGUGGUGCCGUGUCUCUCUUUGAUGUUGCCUCGGACUUUGGUGAGAUCAUGCGAGGAGCUGGAAAGGGCAAAGGAGUUUUGCAAGAGUACGAAGAGGCCAAGACGCGAGCCAAAGGGCUCAAGGAAUCGGUGGCUUCAGCCCUCCAAGGGGCAAAGCGAUCGAAGCGCUCAGGUGCGGUGAACGCCAAACGGAGGCGCCGCUGA